AUGGUAUCCUCACCGCGACAGAAAGGCCGGGGUUGCUCGAAUUUGGCGGAGUUGCCAGUUGGAGACGUUAGCCAUGUCGACAGUUCUUCGGGAAAGGACAACGAUGGUUCAGACGCCAAUCAUUUAUCCAUCAACUCAAGUUUAACAGAUUUCAGCAAUUCGGUAAUCGACACCACAGACGCCUGUUUGGAUUUACCUGGUUCAAUCAGCUCCCUCCACCCUCCGAGAAGUUGGCCAAACGACUUUGGCAGUCUUCCAGCCCCUAGAGAAAAAUACUCCUACGUUCAAUUACCCGACAGUUCCUCCAUUCGGGUCUUGAAAUUAUGGCCGGGCACUGGCUCUGAUCACAUCAAAUGUUCGCUUCAACCAGCUAUGAUCGAGGAUGUUGUAGACGAGUACGACGCUCUUUCGUACGUCUGGGGAUCUGAGAGCCCGUCUCGUACGGUUGAAGUGGAUGGAUGUCCUCUGGCUAUUCGAGACAACCUAUUCAAUUUCCUGGCACGACUACGAGACCCAGACGUUAUGCUCAGCCUGUGGGCUGACGCUAUUUGCAUAAAUCAAAAUAGUACCGAGGAGAGGAAUGAUCAGGUACAGCAGAUGGGGAAGAUCUAUAAGAGUAGUCGUGUAACCAGACUAUGGUUAGGCCACGGUGACAGCGAUGUGCAUAGCUUUUUGCAGUGGACCGAGGGCGGACCCAUUAAUGAGUCGUACGAGGAGAAUCACAGAUACAUCACUUCUGCCGAAGUCAAUGGAGUGAAAAAGGUCAUUGACAACGACUAUUGGACAAGACUUUGGAUAGUACAGGAAGUCAUUCUGUCGCGGGAAAUCCAAGUUCAUAUACAUCAACGGGAAUUUGCGUGGAUCAAUUUUGUAGACUGCUGCUACCUAGCAUUGCGAGCAUGCAACUGGUGCACACAAGAGACUAACUACGAAUAUGAGGAUCUUGGUAUGAUCUAUGUUCUAGAUGAGCAAAGAAGAAAGGAAUCAGUAUGGGAAAGGAGAUUUGCUGAUCUGAUUCGCAGCUACGGCUCUUGCAAGUGCUUCGACAUUCGGGAUCGAGUUUUCGGGUUGGCAGGUCUUGCCGACGAUCUCGCGCUUGACGUGGACUAUAAUUUGUCUCCAAUCCAGGUUUUCGCGAAUAUCACGCGUACUCAUUCUAUUGACUUUACGGACGACGUUACCUACGUCUUAUACAAGGCGCUUGGGCUAUCCUCUCGGAUGGAGCUCGGCCAUGACGCUCAACUCAUCAACGUCAGACUAAAGAUUCGAAGAAAAAUAAAAAAAAGUGGCCAAUCUGUCUGGCAAAACGAAAGGCUCAAGUGGGAUGUUUGUGGAUCAUCGCAACUACCUCUGUCCUCGGAGUUGGAUCUCCAUUCGACAUCUAAUCCUAAACAUGAAAAUCAGCUUUAUAAUGUUGCAAAAAGAGCUCUGAGAGCAGGACAAUUAAGCGUGCUGCGCCAUCAGGAGGCACGAAAGUUUCCUCUCUACGGGGGCCCAGUUCUCAAAAGUAUUCAUUACUAUACUAUCGAAGUAACGGCCUUAGCCAUCACGCCCAUGGAUGUGGCCUCAGCAGUACGCGCAUCGGACCUUGAUUGUUCAAUAACUGGAGCUUUUGGGGUGGAAGUAUCUUGUAAUUUGGGUGAUACCAUAGUAGCUUUUGCUGAAAUAGUCACUACGGACGGGUGUAGGACCGACGAUGAAUCUUUAUUUGACAUUAUCUCCGGCUCGGUACUGGAACACUUCUAG